CCAUCCAUCCAUCCAUCCAUCCAUCCAUCCAUCCAUCCAUCCAUCCAUCCAUCUAUCUAUCUAUCCGUCUGCCUGCCCGUCCUUCUGUAUGUCCGUCCCUCUGUAUUAUUUAUUAGUAAACAUACAUUAGUGCAGCAGACAAUAAUAUAUCACGUUAAUCAUUAUCUAUCUAUCUAUCUAUCUAUCUAUCUAUCUAUCUAUCUAUCUAUCUAUCUAUCUAUCUAUCUAUCUAUCUAUCUAUCUAUCUAUCUAUCUAUCUAAUUUCAUUAGUAUAACGUAGGUUAUGCUAUGUUUGUGCAGCAGAGAACACGAGCUAAAGAUCCUAAUAGUUCAGUCAACUGUCGGAGCAUUAUUGUGCUUUGUCAUCGGUGUCAUCCGCCCAACAGCUGCCCUCCGCUUGGUGGAGAAUGAUCCAGACGCUGCUGCUCCCCUGAGCGGAAGAACAGUUCCUGUCUGGGUAUUUCUGUCCUGUCCGUUGAAGUCGGUCCUCUUCGGUGUCUGGUGUAUUAACAUCUAAAGUGUUAUAUCAGAAAAAAACAACGGGAAAAGAAUAAAAUACAUGGAGAACACUUUUAGAAGGAAAUUGUUUUUGAUUCAAAGGAUUUGUCGAGAUAUUGUUUCAAGUGGAUAUAAUCAUCGACCAGGCGGCGCUCACAUUCUAGAGCCAAACUUGUUUGGAAAGGGCUGUUUGGAGUAAUCAGGCAAUAAACAUGAGUCUUCAUGCAUCCGGAUAAGGUUUACAGCUUUUAAAUCUUUCUAAAUGCGUCUUAUCGACCAGACAAGAACAAUGACCAGUGGUUCUAGCAACUUUCUGCUAGUUCCUAUACCAGAGUACCCUGUUUUGGACUGUGUACCUACUAAAAACGUUAAAAUAGUCGUUCUUGGAGCCAGUAACGUCGGAAAAACAGCCUUGAUAGUAAGGUUUUUGACCAAGAGAUUCAUUGGAGACUAUGAAGCAAACACAGGGGCCUUGUACUCAAGGAAGAUCAGCCUAGAUGGGGAGCAGGUUUCCUUACAAGUGCAGGACACUCCUUGUGUCUCACUGCAGGAUGAUGCAGAGGGUCUUUACUGCCAGGAGCAGAUUAACCGCUCCAUCUACUGGGCUGACGGCUACGUGCUGGUCUUCUCCAUCACAGACCUGCACAGCUACCACACCAUCCAGCCACUGUACCAGCACGUGCGGCGCAUCCACCCCAGUGGCAACAUCCCCAUCAUCCUGGUGGGCAACAAGAGUGACCUGCUACGGGCCAGGCAGGUGCCGGCCCACGAGGGAGAGGCCCUGGCCGCCGAGCUUGGCGGGCCCUACUUCGAGGCCUCAGCCCGGGAGAACCACGAGGGCGUGCGAGCCGCCUUCAUGCACCUGUGCCAGGAGGCACAGGAAACUUGACCAGAAGUAACUCCCAACGGAGGCAGCUGGGAGGACGGGGGAAUGUGGGAGAGUGAAGAGCAAGAGAACUUGAGCUGAGGAAGGAAGUGAAAGAGAAAAUGAAUUGUGAACGGGGGAGGGGAUCAGCGAAGAAACCCUGAGAGGAAGGGUGUCCUUGAGGGACAUGAAUAUCAGGAAUAUCAGGCAAGGCCUCAGUGCUCGGGCUGCUGACCAAAAGCGGAUAUACGAGAUGAAAGAUGACUUGUGGUUUAUAGCCUUUCGGUUGUUGCAACCAACAUCUUGAGUCUUACAGUGACUACAAAACAGUCAUAAAAAUGUGCAUGGCUUCCCUUUACCAAGGUGCUUGGUAAAGCACGGAGACAUGCUUCCGUGGCUAGUGCCCUGGUCUGUUUACUGAGAAAUCAUUGAUGGUCGGCCAGCCCUUGGAUUAACGUGUUAUACGAGCAGGCCUGAGGAAUGCAGACAGAUCUGAACUGGAUUUAUGAUGCGUACAGAUUCCACAGCCUGAACAGUUGACUGACAGCAGUGGUGGUGUGUGUCUGCACGAACGACAUAGCUGGCCUGCUCGACAUCAUUUUCUGUCAAUAAUGUGUGGCCCAUAUGGCACCAUUUCUGUUUCCAGGUUCUAUUCCCUGAAAGUUUCUGGAUCUUUGCCCUUGAUUUCUUCCAAAGACAAUCCUAAUCCCCUCUAAAUCAUGAUCAGAGACACGAGCGGGGCAUCAGCACAGGAUAAAACAGCCCUGUGCAUGCACACAAUCUAGUGUAUUAGCAUAGGAAUUCACAUAUGCCUGUGCUUGUACAUAUGUGCAUACUUCUUUAAUUUCUCCCUCUUUAUCAGUAUUAAAAGGCUAGUGCAUUGGCAUCAAGAUUUAUUGGUGGAAAGUCUUCAAGGUCCUUGCUUGGCUUUGGUGUAACAUACUACACUAAACUACUGUGUCACAUAAGGCCUACCAUACAAAAACCAGUUCUGCUCCCAGCUGAUUUAGGAUGCUUUCCUGCUCAUCAUUAGUUAUGCUCUGGUGAACAAUAAUGGUAGUAAUGAGUGUUAAUAGAAAUAACGUUGUUCUGUUGUUGAUCCGGAAUGCUAUCAUUUCAAAAGUAGUUGAUUAAUAGAUGAUUUGGGUCCAAGAAUUGAUCAAAAGAGAGAGAGUUCGAGCAUUCUUGCUGUAAUGUGAUCAGAAGUCAGUUUUCUCUCUCUCGUUCUCACUUGCUCUUCUUCCACUCAAAUUGUGUAGAAAAACCAAAUAAAAGCAAAGGAAGAAAAUGGAGAAAGUUAAGUUUGCUUGAUUUUCAUGCUGUACAAAGAAAAACACCAAAUAACAACAGAGAAAGACCAUGUUAGUCUGACUCUUAAGCAAAACUGAUACCCUGAUAUUCCAUCUAUUUCGCUGUCUGUUUUCAUUCCCUGCGCUGACACUUUUUUGUUUGGUUUCAUAUCAAACCCUCUUACAUUAAGCACUGAGUUAGCAUGGAGGGCGUGCUGUGCAGCCCUGUGCACAGGCCACACUGUGAAUUCUAAAAGAAACGUCGGUGAGGACGUGGGAUUUAUCAGGCUGAGAAGGCGAGAGGUCCCAUCCAUCUCAUCAGCAUGCACGUAUCCUCUAUAUACUCUUCCAUCUCUACUUUUCUCAUAAUACCAACAGGAUUUUGUAUCAUAGGUUCCAAUGCAGUUAGUCCCAGGGUUGCAAUAUGCAAAGAAUUUGCUGAUUUAAAAAAUAAUGCCAAUUUUGUAAAAUAAUAUUAAUCAUAAUAAAAAACCACAACUAAACAACAACUUACCAACAGUGUGUU